GGGAAAAGACGCGUUUCGCCGGAUGCGUGCUAUGGUCAAGGUGGGCUCUCUGGCUCAGGAAAGCUAUGGCACAGUCUUAAGGGUUGAUAUUGGCUGUUUUGUACCUAUUGCAACAUGACAACAAAUUGAAGAGAUGGAGCUUGAAUGCAAGAACAUGAUACACCCUGUGGAACCUGCUUCUCAAUGUGCUUGCUUCCCUUUGUCUCGUGAUGGGGUAGUUCAGUGCUGUGCCAAUAAUGUAUUCUUGGAUGUAACUGGAAACUGUCAGGCAGCUUGCUAGUGCCCUGGAAGAGGGGAAUGCUCUCCCAGUGUUGAUUGUCUAACACUGAAAGAUAUCUCUUCAAGCUGCUUCACUUGCUGUCUCUGAGUAAACAAGCACUGCUGGGUGACUGGCAGUGGUAAGCACCAUGUAUUCUGCUAUGUGAUUCUUCAGGGACAUCCGGUUGGGUAACUGAGAGCUCAACACACAUAUCCUGUCCCAGCCCCUUUUGGGUGGAGAAGACUGGAAUGGGAGAUAAAGCAUGCUGGGGCCAGCCAGGGGCCAGAAGAACAGAGAAAUUCGAAUUCCCUCAAAGGACAGCAUAGAACAACUGGAAUCACCAGGAAAAGGCUGAAGGAAGGCAGCAAAGAUGGGCUGUUCUACCCUAACCACAACAACCUUGCUGGUAGGAUUGGUGAUUACUGCCACACUGGCAGAAGUAGCUGAGAACAGGAGCCAAAUAUGCCAACAUGCACCACUCUGGAAGAUCAAUGGGACAGUCCCAAUGGAUGGGAUGGAGGGCCAGGUGAUAGUAGUGGCACUGUUAAAAGCCAGCUGACAGUUCUGUCUCAAGCAAGCUGCCAGUCUUGGCAGCUUGCGGAAGAAGCUGUUCCAUGAAGGGAUGGCCAAUGUAAGCUUCAUAAUUGUGAAUGAGAAGACUCCUCUUUCCCGAGCAAUGUACUGGGAGCUCAAGCGGCAUGCUCCAGAGGGAAUUCCUGUUUACCAGCAGGAGAUAUUAGAACCCGAUGUCUGGCCAAUUCUAAAUGGGGACAAGGAUGACUUCCUGAUCUAUGACAGGUGCAGCAAGCUGGCUUUCCAUAUCCAAUUGCCGUACAGUUUCCUGCAUUUCCCUUAUGUUGAAGCAGCUAUACACUACACAUACCACAAGGACUUCUGUGGCAAUUGUUCCUGGUACCAUUCUAACAGCAGCCAGAAGGUGAGUAACACAGCAGAGACUAGUGUGAUGACAACCGAGGCUUCCAGACACACAGAGAAGAGCCAGGAAGUUUCCAGCCGCAAGCAUGAAGGGAAGAGCAAAGAGGCACCCAACACUGAAGAGCACGCCGCCCAAUACUUUUCACAUCAUGCAACAAACAGCAGCCACAGGGCUUUGGGUUUGGCCAGCACACACCAGCCCAUUCUCCAUUCUAAGACCCAGCAGCAGAAGCAGCAGGCCACGGAAUCCUAAGAAAAUAUUUUGCUUUUGUGUAAACAAGAUGUAACUGUGAGGCAUAUCAUUCCCCCCAUUUAAGAUAAAUCUAAUUUUUAAGCCAUGGGCCAGACCUAACUGUCAAACAAAAGAAAAAAGCAUGAUGCUUCAGUUUUCAGUGCAGCAUGGAUACUAAAUUUUCCAUUCCCUUCCUAAAUUAAUACAAGAUUAUUAUUAUUUAUUUAAUUUCUAGCCUGCCCUCCCCGCAAGCGAGCUCAGGGCAGAUUAUAGCAAUACAUAUAAAUGUAAAAGAUAAAAACAUUUAAACACAGUAAAAUCAGAGUUAUCAAAUAAACAUAGGUUUCAGUUCCCAAGAUGGAAGCCCACUUAAUUCUUCCCUACCAACCAUAAACAGAGGAGAAAGGGGGGGGGUGCAAGUUGGUAUCAUCCUACUGUGACUUCACGUGGGGAGGGGCAGAUGUCUAUAUAGCCCACCCCCACCUCCCACUGAUGGGAGACCUGUAGGGAGGCUUAUUUGAUGGACCUAGGACUGGCCUCAGCCAUAUGCCUGGCAGAACAUCUCUGUCUUGCAGCCCCACCGAAAAGAUACAAGGUCUUGGCAGGCGUGUGUAUCCUCUAACAGAGUGCCACCAGAUUGGGGCCAGGACCAAGAAAGCUCUGGCCCUGGUCGAGACCAGUCGAGCCUCCCUGGGGCCAGGGACCACCAGUAAGUGUUUAUCUGCCGAUCUAAGCACUCUCUGGGGUUCAUACGGGAAGAGGCGGUCCCUCAGGAAUGCUGGUCUCAGUCCGAUCAGGAGUGACUCCUGUAGAGUUCUGGAUCAGGUUCAAGUUUUUGGUUUUAACCAGAACUCUACAGGAAGCCAAUGUAGCUGCAAGAUUGGAGUAACGUGCCCUGUAUGGUGUGCCCAUCAGGACAUGUGCAGCAGCAUUCUGGACUCGCUGUAAUUUCCGGGUCAAACUCAAGGGAAGCCCUGCAUAAAGCGAGUUACAGUAGUCCAAUCUGGAGGUGACCUUUACAUGGAUCACUGUCGUUAGAUGAUAGGUUGAAAGGUAGGUGGCAAGCUGCCAGGCUUCUCGAAGAUGAAAGAAGCAGACCAGGUAGCUGCCACAACCUGGGCCUCCAUUGAUAAAGUGAAGUCCAGUGUCACUCCAAGACUGUUGACUGAUGGAAUGGGCACAAGUGGUGCCUCGUCAAAGGUCGGGAGCUAGAUCCCCAAAUCAAUGGUCGACCCACGGCCCAAGUACAGGACCUCUGUCUUCGUGGGAUUCAGCUUCAGUCAACUCUGAAUCUUAAGAUUCUUUUCAUAACAUGGCUUUUUGUUAUGUGGUAUGCACCACUGGAAAUAUUACUGCAUGUGUUUAAAGUAAUCUGGAUUCUCAUUGUGUGUCAGUUUCUGAUUACACUUGGGCUACAGCUAAACAUGACUGGAUAUUGUGCUAUUGGUGUGCCUUAGUAAUAUUUCACAACUGGAUUUUCCUGUGUUGACAAGCCAAUCCAGUUGCAGAUUAUUGCUACAGUACAACCAGCAUACAAUAUCCAAUGAUGUACAGAUGCAGCUUUACAUCCCAAAACAGUGUCAUUGUUUUGGAAUUCAGCAUUUUUUAUUCUUCAUGGUGCCUGUGGUGACAGUGAGCAUCUUGCCUUUCUUAGGGCACAUAAGUGUCAGAAUUUCUUCCUGCUGGGAAGCCAGGUACGAUCCUUUUUCUCAUUUCUUGCUUUUCUGCACUCAAUGAAGCAUGCAGUGUAAACUAGAAUACUCCAGUCACUGCAACCUGACACUGUACAGAAAAGUAUGUCAAAGGAACUCGAGGGAGUGGAUCAAAAACCAGUAUUGGCAGGUGGGUGACGAACUUAUCGCAUAUGAAGCAGUGAGAUCACAGCAAAGCUGGCUUUGUGCCUGGAGCUCAAGUUUUUGUACAUUGAGGUGGUAACACGGAAUUAGUCAAUUCUACGCAGCAUGAGGAAUAAAGCAUUAAUUUCUUUAGACCAGAGUUUCCCAACCGUUUUUCCAUGGAGAGACCCCUACCUAAGAAAAGGCUACCUGCCAGAAAAAGUUGAUAGCAGGGAGUAUAAUUUAAUUACCGCUAAAUUAUUGUCAAGAAAAUGUAUUUGUAAACAGCUGCACCACCCUCUUUAUAUAUAUAUUCAUGGUAUUUCACAUAUUUUAUUUAGUUUAUUCCACAAUUUCUCGUGGAACCCCUGACAAUGUCCUAUGGAACCCUCAUUGGGAAAUACAACUAUAGACGUUUGAUGCACUUACCCAAACAGAAAAGUUUGAGGUCAGACUGGGUAAUAAGUGGCAGUUAGUGCUGAAAUGGAAAACAAAAUCUAUCUGCACUGGCUGCCCAGAGAGGUUAAAGAAAUGUAUCUUAGUAGAAAUAAACCCUCUGAAAUUA